AUGCGGUAUUACCAAACGUCUAAUGCGGGCCUUUGGGGAGACAACGAUUGGUGGCAAUCGGCAAUUUUCAUGACCGCUCUUGCGGACAUUUCCUCCCUCGACUCUAGCUACAACGGAACUUACUUUAAUACCUAUGCCACAACAUACACCAAUGCGCCGGGCUAUGGGGAUUACACAGGUUUCAUCGACUCCUAUGACGACGACGAGGGCUGGUGGGGAGUCGCGUGGCUGACUGUUUAUGAUUUGACUGAGAAUCCGGAUUAUCUCAACUUGGCCAUUAGCAUCUACAAUGAUAUUUCUCAAUACAAAUCAUCAUGUGGAGGGAUUAUCUGGGAAAAGGGGGGUACCUAUCUUGCAUCUAUUGCUAAUGAGCUUUAUAUCACAUUGGCUGCUGGGAUAGCCAAUCGGGUUUCUGCUGACCAGAAAUCGGCAUACCUCGAGUCUGCAGUCUCAGUUUGGGACUGGUUUUUCGAUGUUGGCGUCGUUGGUGACGACUGGGUUGUGGUUGACGGUGCCGACGCGAACACAUGUCAAGUCAGUUCAACUGCCACAUACUCGUAUAACCAAGGAGUUAUCCUUUCGGCCGCUGUGGAGUUGGCCACCGCUACGGGAAACACGACCUACCUUGAUAUUGCAGGAAACAUUGCCAACGCGGCAACCGCAAUCAACUCGCCUUUCACAGGUAGCAACGGAGUAAUCACGGAUUGUUCCUCUGGUUGUGAUACUACCUCAGCUAUGUUCAAGGGGCCUCUAUUCCGAGGCCUGCGCCAACUUCAGCUCGCUGACCCCCAUGACAACUGGCUGUCGUGGCUUACAACGAACGCUCAGGCAGCAUGGAACAACGACUUGAACAUUACAACCGUGAAUGGAGAGACUGAAUGCAAUCUGGGUGAGUACUUCAAUGGACCGGUGAGCUCAGUUGGUGUGGAAACACAAGGUGCCGGUCUGGAGAGUCUUAUUGCGGCUUGGGCUGUCACGAUUUAG